AUGUCCACUCAGGCGCUGGCACACUCCAAUGCUGUGAAUGAAGUGAAGCGAGAAAGGGUCAAGCAUGCCCACGGCUAUCCUUCCGUGUCCUCUACAAGUGUAAACCCGAGGACAAUGCUCGGGUUGCCAAAGGCGAACGGAAGUGGUGGCACUCUGAGAUUAUCUUCUGCACUCUAG